AGAGUUCCUUGCUUUCCACGGAUCUUUCCUCAGCAGCCUCCUCUAUUUAAGCUCUUAAUUCUGCAUUUGCUCUACUUUCUUAACUCUUCUCUCUUUGUAAUCCCCUCCUCCUUCCCAGCUGCUUGCUGCUGUUCUUCUUCUUCUUCUUCUUCUUCUUCUUCUGUUUCUUUCUUGAAUUUGCUUCUUUUUGCGUGUAUAAUUUAUAGGUUCUUGUUCAAUCUUUGUGAUAUUAAUGGAAGGUUCUGUUGUGGUGAACAAAGGGGAAGAUCUUGUCGAUCUGCCUCCUGGGUUUCGGUUCCAUCCUGCUGAUGAAGAGAUCAUAACUCAUUAUCUUACCGAGAAGGUCAUGAAUAGCUGUUUCAGUUCAUGUGCUAUUGGUGAAGUUGAUCUCAAUAAGUGUGAACCAUGGGAUUUGCCUAAGAAAGCAAAGAUGGGGGAGAAAGAAUGGUACUUCUUUUGCCAGAGAGAUAGGAAGUAUCCAACUGGUACGAGAACCAAUCGAGCUACGGAGGCCGGUUAUUGGAAAGCUACCGGAAAAGAUAAGGAGAUUUACAAGGGAAAAAACUGCCUUGUCGGGAUGAAGAAGACUCUUGUUUUCUACAGAGGGAGAGCUCCUAAAGGAGAGAAGACCAAUUGGGUCAUGCACGAAUAUAGACUCGAAGGCAAAUUCUCUUACUACACCCUUCCUAAAGCUUCAAAGGAUGAAUGGGUUGUGUGUAGGGUUUUCCACAAGAGCACAGGGAUUAAAAAAACUUCAAUUCAAGAUCUCUUAAGGGUGAAUUCCUUUGGAGAUGAAUUCUUGGAUUAUUCAUCACUUCCACCUCUCAUGGAUCCUCCUCAAUCUAGCAGGCCUGGCUCAAGCAGCUUCAACGAUGAAGACGACGAUGAGUUCAAGGCAAUCACAUCUAAAUCAUUAGGUGGAAAUUACAUGCCCCACUUGUCCACAACGAUGGUUAACAAUAAUCAAAGCUAUCUUCAUCAGCAGCAGCUUCCAAAUUCCAGCUACCAAACACCAAGUUCCGUUUUUUAUCCUCAAAUUCCAGCCUCAAACCCUUUUCUGACCUUCCAAACAACUCCAAAUUUGGCCAGUUACUUCCCAAACUCUAUCUUUGGUGGUAAUGAUCAAACCCAUUUAAUUAGAUCCCUGGCUGCAAAUUCUGAUACAUCUGUGCAGCAGAAGAAACACUGCAAGCUUGAACAAUUUUCAUCUAAUAACCAAUCUGUGGCCACCCACUCACAAGACACUGGUCUGAGCACUGACAGGAACACCACCACCGAGAUAUCAUCGGUGGUUUCCAAGCAUGAAAUCAGAAGCAACAAGGUGUAUGAUGAUCUUGAAGGUCCAUCAUCUGUUGGGGCCAUUGCAGAUUUUGAGGGUUUGUGGGAUUACUAAACAUGAAUUGCUGAAUAUGUUGUGAGUGCUGAUUGUUCUAUAAAAUUUCUUAGGAACAUAUAUGUGAUGAUUGAAAGUAUAGUCUUCUCUCUACUAGCUAGAUAAUUUGGCUACAGUUUUUGAAAGGUUCUUGGCUUCACAAAUGAAUAUUUUUGUAUAGAUUAUAAGUUAAGCCCAUGGUGUUCAAAUCUUUUUAAGAUUUCAGUUUUAGUGACAGAAGGAAAUUAAUUAAGAUACCAUGAAUAUUUAUAUUUAUUAUAAUUCAUGUAUAUCUUUUUUUUUUUUAAAUUAGUUCAUUUUAUU